GUCUCGGUACCGAGUCCGCUCCGUGGGGUUUGCGGGGCGGCGGGCCCGGGGUGCCUUCCCGGCCGGACUUCGGCGCCGGCCCCGCACCCCUGAGAACGCCGGUCCGCCGAGGAGGAGCGGGGCUUUUUUCCAUCGCCGCCCUCUCUGCCUUUGGAGCUCUCCUGGGAUACCCCACAUUUCCCUAGGGUCGGGAGCCCGAGGGGCGCGCUCGGCUGUCCGGCUCCUGCUCUUCAGCCUGUGCCACGAGCGGCAGCCGAGACCUCGUCAGACGUGACGGGCUGGGUCGGCAACCCGCGUGCGGGACCGCCUCCCGUAGCCCCAAUGCCCCGGCGGGAAGAGAGCCGUGAGGGUUGUCCGCCUGGCGAGUGCGGCCAGAUCACCGGUCACUGUUUGCUGUGUUGCAAGGACCAUGUGUGAGUCUGGUAUAAUUUGACCUCCUGAGAUUCCGUCUUAGCAAGAAGAAAGUGGAAAAUACUCUUGGAAAGAAAACUAAGACAUUAAGAAAGCCAGAACUUAUUUUUACAUGGUUGUCCACUCAGUUACCAAUAUGGACGCUUUUCCCACCAUUUUUCCUCCUGGUGGAGACAGUGAACUGAGACAUUCUCAAUCUGAGCUCCAAAAAAUGUUAAUUGAUGAACGAUUACGAUGUGAACAUCAUAAAACUAAUUAUCAGACUCUGAAAGCUGAACACACAAGGUUGCAAGAUGAGUACAUAAAGUCACAAAAUGAACUCAAGCGCAUUUUAAAUGAAAAGCAAAGUCACCAGGAAAAGUUUCAGCUGCUGCUUGAAGAGGUACGAGGAGAAUUAGUAGAGAAAACUAAAGACUUAGAAGAGAUGAAGCUGCAGGUAUUAACUCCACAAAAGUUGGAAUUGUUACGAGCCCAAAUACAACAAGAGCUGGAAACUCCAAUGAGAGAACGUUUUAAGAAUCUAGAUGAAGAAGUGGAAAAGUAUAGAGCUGAAUAUAAUAAGCUUCGCUAUGAACAUACAUUUCUCAAAUCAGAAUUUGAACACCAGAAAGAAGAAUUUGCACGUAUUUUAGAAGAAGAAAAAAUAAAACACAAAUCAGAGAUUGCAAGAUUGGAGGAAGAUAAAGAACUCCUUAACCAGUUGCACAGUGUUGAUCCCACAAGAGAGAGCAACCGAAUGGAGCAACUUGUUCGAGCAAAAGCCCAUUUGCAUCAGAAAUUAAAAAGUUUAGAAGCUGAAAUAGCAGAAUUAAGAGCUGAAAAGGAGAAUUCUAGUGCUCAGGCAGAAAAUGUCCAAAGAAUUCAGGUGCGGCAGUUGGCUGAGAUGCAGGCUACAGUCAGAUCCCUGGAGGCUGAAAAACAGUCAGCUAAACUACAGGCUGAACGCUUGGAAAAAGAGCUACAAUCAAGCAAUGAACAAAACACUGUGUUAACUAGUAAAUUGCAUAAAGCCGAACGGGAAGUAAAUACCUUGGCCAGUAAAGUAAAGGAGCUUAAGCAUUCAAACAAACUAGAAAUAACAGACAUCAAACUGGAGGCAGCAAGAGCUAAGAGUGAGCUAGAAAGAGAAAGGAAUAAAAUUCAAAGUGAACUGGAUGGAUUACAGUCAGACAAUGAAAUUCUCAAAUCAGCUGUUGAACACCACAAAGUGCUCUUAGUAGAAAAGGACCGUGAAUUAAUACGUAAAGUACAAGCUGCCAAAGAAGAAGGUUAUCAAAAACUUUUGGAAUUACAAGAUGAAAAGCUAGAACUUGAGAGCAGAUUAGCGGAUUUAGAGAAAAUGAAAGUGGAACAUGAUGUCUGCAGGCAGUCUGAAAAGGAUCAGUGUGAAGAGAAAUUGCGAGCUUCACAGAUGGCAGAAGAGUCGGCCAGAAGGGAACUACAGAGUAUUAGGUUAAAACUUCAACAACAAAUUGUGGAUAUUGAAAAUGCAGAAAAAGAAAAAAAAGAAAAUUCUGACCUGAAACAGCAAAUCAGUGGUUUGCAGAUCCAAGUGACCUCACUGGCACAGUCAGAAAAUGAGUUGCUGAAUUCAAACCAAAUACUGAAGGAAAUGGUGGAGAGGUUAAAACAGGAAUGCCGAAAUUUAAGAAGCCAAGCUGAAAAAGCACAACUAGAAGUUGAAAAGGCAUUGGAAGAGAAGCAGAUACAAUGGUUGGAAGAAAAGCAUAAGCUUCAUGAACGUAUCACUGACAGAGAAGAAAAGUAUAAUCAAGCUAAAGAGAAAUUGCAGCGAGCUGCAAUUGCCCAAAAAAAGAGAAAAUCUCUUCAUGAAAACAAAUUAAAGAGACUGCAGGAAAAGGUAGAAAUCUUAGAGGCAAAGAGAGAAGAAUUGGAAACAGAAAAUCAGGUGUUAAAUAGAACAUCCAAGAGGUUUCCAGACUGUGGAAUAAAUGCCAGUUUUACAAAUACUCUCUGUUCCAAAGUGAGAAGCCACCACAUUCAUUCUAAAACCAAAUUCAACUUAUUAUUUCAAAAUUAAUGGUUGUGGAGGAGGUGUUAUCAAUUCAAGAGUGGGCAGCUAUGGCACAGAUCACCUAGAACUUUAAAUGGUUUUGAAACUAUAUUUGAUUACUUGUGAUUAUUAGGAAAUUAAUGUCCAAAAAGGUGGUGAACUCUGAAGGCCUGUAAAGUUUUUUUUAAUCCAUGUCAUUUUCCCUUAAGUUGGGUAGUUUUAUCUUUGUCAUUAGGUACAUUAAAAAAUAGGACAAAAUGAAUUAGCUAUGUUUGACCAUAUUUUACCUACAAAAUUCAUAAUAUUCAACCUGGUAUUUCCUCUAUUUCUGUUUGAUUCCUGAAGUAAAAUAAGGCACCUUUUUUUUUUUUGGAGGCAUCCUUUUAGUUUCAAGAUUCAUGGGUUGGGGGAGUAGAAUUAAAAAUAUCAAAAUGUUUUUAAUCUCUGACUAAUUGUCAAAUAAAACUUUAAGUCGACAGCCUACAGGGCCAACAAUAACACAGAUAAUUAAGAUGUCAUGUCAUGUUUCUGUUUAUCUGUCUAGGUAAACGACAUUUUAUGUAUUACAUAUCGGUAAAUCUUAAAAAAUCCUUCCCUCCCAAUUAAAAUUAUGUUCUGUGACUCAUACUGUUCUUCAACAGAAUAUAACUGUAUUAAGCAACAGAAAUGCUUUUCCUUUUUAAGACAAAAUGUUCCAUUUGAAGAGUAUACAAGGCUU